AAGCUGUUCUGAGCGGGGAGUACAGAAAACGGAUAGAGGAUCUGAAUGGCAAUGGAUUAGAGAAUAGGUUGCAAAUGACGUCAUUUGAUUUUCAUACAGUCUGUAAAAACAAUUGUGAAAAUGUGAAUCUGUUGCGUAAUGAGAUCGAGGGAAAAUUAGAAUCUUUCGCGUUCUUUGUUAUAGAUGUAGAAUCGAAUACACCUAUCUUUUAUCAAAAAGGUGUAUUUAGAACGAACUGUAUGGAUUGUCUGGAUAGAACGAACAUUGUCCAGACGGUUAUAUCCAAAGCUUCUUUGGAAAUUUAUCUAGGACAAAUACAACCUAUCGAUUUUCCCGAAGUUGCGACUCUAUACUCUCGACAUUCUUAUUUAUGGGCAGAAAAUGGUGAUAGUUUAUCAAAGAUAUAUACUGGUACAGGUGCUCUGAAAUCAGAGUACACUCGCAGUGGAAAGUAUACAUGGGCAGGAGUUUUGAAUGAUGCUACCAAAACGAUGAAUAGAUUUUACAUUAACAAUUUUCAAGAUAAAUCAAAGCAAGAAGUCAUUGAUAUAUUGCUUGGAAAGCUUUUGAACUCCAAGGCAAUCGAAAUUCACGAUCCGGUGAACGAAAUGGUUCGUCUAGACAUGCAGAAUAGACUGAAGGACUUUUCGGAAAAAUCAACGAUAAACGUUUUCGUCGGUACUUACAAUUUAAACGGGUCUCUACCUUCUGGAGAAUCGCUUGUGCCAUGGCUUUUUGCUUUUAGCGAUUAUGCGCCUAGACCACAUCUAUUCGUAAUUGGUUUUCAAGAAAUUGUUGAGUUGAUGCCUCAACAGAUAGUAUCGGCUGACCCGGAGAAAUUGCGCAUUUGGGAACGAGAAAUAAGUAGGACGCUUAACCAAAAAUUGGAUCAAGAUUUCGAAUAUGUAAUAAUAAGGUCCGGUCAGUUGGUUGGAACGGCAUUGGUAAUCUACGCGAGGGCUGACAUUGUAUCAAAUAUACGUAACGUUGAAUACAUUAUGAAAAAGACAGGUUUGGGUGGAAUGGCAGGUAACAAGGGUGCAGUCGCUAUCCGUCUCGAAUAUAAUGACACUAGCAUGUGUUUUGUGACCGCACAUUUUGCUGCCGGCCAUUCUAAUUGUGAGGAUAGAAAUAGAGAUUAUAUGACGAUCAAUGAAGGCUUGGUUUUUAGAAAUGGUCGCAAGCUCAAUCAUCACAAUUACGUCAUUUGGUUGGGAGACUUUAAUUAUCGAAUAUCUUUGGAUAACGAUAAGGUUCGAAGACUUGUCGCAACCGAUUUUACAAAAUUGUUGAGUGAAGAACAGCUGAUUAGAGAAAACACAAUGGGACGUGUAUUCACCGAUUACAUUGAAGGUCCCAUCACAUUUCCCCCUACUUAUAAGUAUGACAGUAAUUCGGAUGAAUAUGACACAAGUGAAAAGCAGCGAAUACCUGCGUGGACGGAUCGAAUUUUGUACUGUGAUAAUAGAGGGAUUCGGCAGAUCGGAUAUACCAGAGCAGAAAUAAGAAUAUCCGACCAUAGACCAGUUAUGGCACUAUUUGACAUUGAGGUGAUUAAAUAUGACGAAGAGGAAAGAGAAAAAAUUAGUCGAGAACUCUAUUUGGAAAAGUUAAAGGCUGUGUCGAAGUAUGAUGACAGCACACACAAUAUAAAGAAGGGAACGGAUCAUGAGAAUUCUAAUGAUUCCAGUAAAAACUGGAGUAAACUCGCAAAAAACGUUAAGAGGGUUAAUGAUCCGGUGAUAAUUGAUCGUAUUACAGAAGAUAUCAAUCAUAAGGAUUUAACUGGAACUAAUGGUAAAAGAAGUGUCGCAGAAAAGAUUGAUAAAAAUGUUGGUCCGGCUGUUGGUAUUCUUAUCGACCUGUUCGACGAAGAUAAGGGUAACAAACAGACUGUGCUUCCUCAGAACACUGAACGGGCUCGAAGGUUAACAAAUGACUUGGCACCCGAAUCGUCGAUGGUUUCAGACAGAGAUAUUAAGAAUCGAGGGUUGCAUUCUCCGAGUGAUAAAUUAAAACAUAAGGAGAAACCGCCAAUACCCGAAAAACCCUCAAAACUGUCUCAGAAAAAAUCACCACCAUCAUUGCCACCACGUAAACCAUUAGUAACACCGAAAUCAGAAAAAGCUGUCACUCUAAGAAGGGACAAUACAUCAUUUGAUAGCAAUGUUCCUUCACAGACCGCUAAACCUGCAAUACCUAAAAGGUAUGAGAAGUCUAACAGCAUCCCAAGGAGAAAUUCUUUUGAUGACGAUUGGCCGUCACAUUAUGCGAAAAAAGUCGUGUCCAAACAUAAUAGCGGGUUAUAUGACAAUCCAAGAAAAAAUAUGUUUGUUGAAGAUGAUGACGUAUUUUUGGCAAGGGCCCCAAUGUUCAAUAAAUUUUCCACAAACAACGGUUUUCCAACUGAAGUAAAAUUAAUCAGGAAACAAGAUUCGAAGAAACCACCUCCGAUUAAACCAAAACCCAAGUCGAUUAAAAAUACAUCCCCUCAAGAGACCGAGGCAUUAAAUGAUAGUAAUACAUUGAUUGACGUUUCUUCUAAUGACUCCCCGUCGAAUCUGAGGCAAACGUGUAAGUAA